GCGUGAAGCUCGCGAACAACGUGUGCGCUCGCGCGGCACGGCUUCAGCUUUGCGGUAACAGCAUGAUGUGGAGAAGUGGCUGUAUGGAAAUGUUAACAACAACAAGUGAAAACAAAGCGGCCACGUUUGACAAUGGCGACUAAUUAGCAUGUGUGUGUCGUCCUGUCAUCAUUUAAGACACUGUCUCAUAUAAAAAGCCUGAAGUUUGCAGUCUCUGAAGAUGUCUGAUGCUUGCACUUCUGAACCUGCCAAAGCCAUCAAGGCCAUCGACAAACACUCAGUCCAUCAGAUCUGCUCGGGACAGGUCGUGCUGACUUUGGCCACGGCUGUCAAAGAGCUGGUGGAGAACAGUGUUGAUGCAGGCGCCACCAACAUUGAUGUCAGGCUGAAGGAGUGUGGAGCUGAACUAGUGGAAGUGUCAGACAAUGGCAAAGGAGUAGAAGAGGCCAACUUUGAAGGACUGACUUUGAAGCAUCACACGUCAAAGCUGAGGGACUUCUCUGAUCUCAUCCACGUAGAAACAUUUGGUUUCAGAGGUGAAGCCCUCAGUUCUUUAUGUGCUCUGAGUAACCUGAGUGUGGUGACAUGCCACGAGUCCAGCCAGGUGGGGACCAAGCUGGUGUUUGACCAUAAAGGCCACCUCGUGCAGCAGUCACCCAAUCCCCGGCAGCAAGGCACCACAGUCAGCCUUCAGCAGCUCUUCUACACCUUGCCCGUUCGACACAAGGAGUUUCAGCGCAAUAUUAAGAAGGAGUAUGCCAAAAUGAUACAUGUCCUGCAGUCCUACUGUAUCAUCUCUACAGGAGUGCGUAUUACCUGCUCCAACCAAAAUGGACAGGGGAAGCGCAGUACAGUCCUCAGCACCAGUGGCAGUCAGAGUAUGAGAGACAAUAUAGGAGCCAUAUUUGGACCGAAACAGCUACAGAGUCUUCUGCCUUUUCAGCAAGUGUCCCCAGCAGAAAACGUUAUUGAAGAAUAUGGACUCAAAGAUGCAGAUCUGCCCAAACAGCUGUUUACCAUCACAGGGUUUGUGUCACGAGGAGACCAUGGUGUUGGGAGAAGUGCCACAGACAGGCAGUUCUUUUUUAUUAACAACCGGCCAUGUGAUCCCCUUAAGGUGACCAAACUUGUGAAUGAAGUGUAUCAUAUGUACAACAGACAUCAAUAUCCAUUUGUUGCCUUGAAUAUAGCUGUUGCCUCUGAGUGUGUUGACGUGAACGUAACUCCAGACAAACGACAGAUUUUCCUUCAGGAGGAGAAACUCUUGCUGGCUAUUCUGAAGACAUCUCUCAUUAACAUGUAUGAAGCUGGAGUUAAUAAGAUCAGCCUGAACUAUACACCCACACCCAGCACCAAUACCACAACAUCUGAAAUCUGUCAGGUUGUCUCGUCUAAUGAUAAAGUGCCAGAGCCAGGAGAGGAACCAGUCAGACAGACCCCAAAGUCCUCCCUAAACCUGGCCGGCCUAAAAGCUGCUUUUUCAAGCUCCAGUUUCAGCUCCAGUUCUGGGACCAAAUCAAGUGUGGCAAAAGCUUCCAAUUGUGCCCCAACACAGAAAACACUCCAGUCUUUUUUCAAAGGCACUGUCAUAGCUCCUAACUGCACCCCAAGUGCAAAAUUUCCUUUAAAACCAACAAAAGAUUUAGGCAAAUGCUCCCCAGUGGGAAAGUCUGUAUUGGAUGGUUUCAGAUACGGAACGAUGUCCAGUGAUACAGACUCUGAAAGAGACAGUGCUGUUUCCAUUUGUGAUACUUCAGUGGAGUUGAGUUCCCCUGAUCUAUCUGCUGACAAACCCUGUGUGAAAGAUGAAACAUUUGAAGAAACAUCUGACAAUAGUCAUGGUGUUCCCGAGAACCCAGAGUUAAAGACUGAGCGAUGCACUUCCAAUGAGGACUGUCCUGUGAGCCCGGACGCCAAGAGGGCCAGGACAGAGAAAACACAUUUCCCUACAGAACAUAAAUCAGAAAAUAAAUGUUUUGAGAGAUCCUCCUCAAUGGUCGACGCUCCAGUCCUCCUACAGAGGAGGACAGUGCCUCUCCAGUUCUCUUUUCACGAGCUGGCAGGGAAGGUGAAGAGGCUAGAAGACCAGAAGAAACAGAAGGCCAGUGAUGAUCUGUGCUAUCGACGCUUCAGGGCCAAAAUCCUCCCCGGAGAAAACCAGAGUGCAGAAGACGAGCUCAAGAAAGAGAUCAGUAAAGACAUGUUCAAACAGAUGGAGAUCAUCGGUCAGUUUAACCUCGGCUUCAUCAUCACCAAACUCAACUCGGACAUCUUCAUGAUUGAUCAGCAUGCCACAGAUGAGAAAUACAACUUUGAGAUGCUGCAGCAGCACACCGUGCUCCAAGGACAGAAACUCAUAGCCCCUCAAAAACUUCAUCUCCCUGCUGUCAGCGAAAACAUACUCAUAGAGAACAUCGAGAUUUUCAGAAAGAAUGGCUUUGAGUUCCUUGUGGAUGAGGACGGUCAGGUGAUGGAGAGGGUUAAGCUGGUGUCUCUACCCACCAGUAAAAACUGGACAUUUGGCCCAGCUGACAUCGAAGAGCUGAUCUUCAUGUUGAGUGACAGUCCAGGGGUCAUGUGUCGACCAUCCCGCGUCAGGCAGAUGUUUGCCUCCAGAGCCUGUCGAAAAUCUGUGAUGAUCGGGACUGCUUUGAGCGUCAGUGAGAUGAAGAAGCUCCUGGUUCACAUGGGGGAGAUUGAGCAUCCGUGGAACUGUCCUCAUGGCAGGCCCACCAUGAGACACCUUGCCAACCUGGAUAUCAUUUCAAAAGACUGACCAUGUCAUGGAAGAAACCUUACUUUACACUAGCUUAAUGUAACUGGAGUGUGCUUUCACUUCAGUUUAUUUCUGUUAAAACAUCACCCAUGCUGAUGCACUGAACACAGAAGACUGAGUCCAAACCAUAGUUGCUGUAUAUUUGUAUGAAUGAAUGCUUAGUAUUGUAUGUUUAGUAUGUUUUUCUUAACAUCUGUUAAGAUAUAUUCUGAUUUUAUGUAUAUUUUGCAUCACAAAUUGAUAGUUAUUCUUUUUUAUUUUAA